CUCGGGAUCGUCAGUUACUCGUGGACGAGUGAGCCAUGGAGAUCUUAUCAAGUCUGUCGACGUUAAUAUUAGCGACUUUAAUUAUCGUGCUCUUAUUCAAGUUUUUCGCUGCGGUACACCGGCAGCAAACGUAUUGGAAGAAUCACAAUGUGCCCUACGUCAAAAUCUCGUGGUUUUCUAGCCCAUCGUGGCAAUUCCUCUUCCGUAAAACAUCGUUCAUCGAGUACAGUAAAUUCCUUUACUAUUAUAAUCCAGACGUGAAGUACAUUGGAACGAUGGAUUUCACGCUGCCAAACGUGCUACUUCGUGAUCCCGAAUUGAUCCGAGACGUAUCCAUAAAGAACUUCGAUCAUUUCACCGAUCACAGAUCGAUCAUCUCCGAGGACGCGGAUCCUAUGUUCUCGAAGAACGUGUUUUCCCUACGAGGUGAACGCUGGCGACAAAUGAGGAACAUACUCACCCCAUCCUUCACUGCUGCCAAGAUGAAGUUCAUAUUCCAAUUGUCAUCGAAGUGCUCCGAACAAUUCGUGGAUUAUCUGUUGGAUCAUCCUAAAUAUUUAACAUCGAUCGACGCCAGGGACAUGUUCAACAGAUUUACCAUCGACGUGAUCGCAUCUGUUGCUUUCGGAGUCAAUGUCAAUUCGAUGAAAGACAGAGAGAACGAGUUCUUCGUGAAAGGAAAGGACGUCUUUUCUAGUUCGUUCAACAGUAUGGUUAAGCUGUUGGCACUGCGUUUCUUCCCACGAUUAGUGAAAUUGGCAGGCAUCACUGUCAUCCCAACUGACACUACGAACUUCUUCCGCAAGGUUAUAGCGAAUAAUCUGAAAGAACGCAAGGAACAGGAUAUCGUGAGGCCCGAUAUGCUGCAUCUGUUAACCCAGGCCAAAGACAAAACGACCACUCAUGAACUCACUAUCGACGAUAUCACUUCACAGGCGUUCCUUUUCUUCUUGGGUGGCUCCGACUCACUCGCUAAUCUCCUGUGCUACAUGGUACACGAGUUGGCCGUGAAUCCGAAUAUCCAAGAGAGGCUGCACGAGGAGGUGAAUCAUUAUUUCGAGGAAAUGAAAGGGGAGAUUUCUUACGAAACAUUGUCCAAAAUGGAGUACAUGGAUAUGGUGAUAUCGGAGACUCUAAGAAAGUACCCGUCCUUGGUGUUUAUCGAUAGGGUCUGCACGAAAAAAUUCGAAUUCCCGCCAGCGGCGCCUGGAUACGACGGCGCCAUUUUGUAUCCGGAUGAAACCAUUUGGAUUCCCGUGUACGCGAUGCAUCACGAUCCAAAGUAUUUCCCUGAACCAGAGAAAUUCGAUCCUGAACGAUUUAGUGCGAAGAAUAAAGACAACAUCGUCCCCUACGCGUACUUACCGUUUGGCACUGGGCCUCGGAAAUGUAUCGGCGAUCGUUUCGUUCAGAUGCUAGUUAAAAUCUUGAUGGCCGAGUUUUUGCACAAAUUUAAAAUCAAGACUACGGAGAAGACGCAGAAUCCUCUGGUAUUUAGAAUAGAUAGCUUCACGCCGUUCCCCGAGAAGGGAUUCUGGAUUGGGUUGGAGAGAAGAUCUUAGAUGUAUUCGAAGACUUCGAAUUAUGUACUAUUUGAGUUUGUAAUUAUCAUUUGGGUGAUUUCUAUGAAUAAAAUUAGGGAAAAAAUUAAAAAAAAAGAAAAAA